AUAGUUGUGAAAUUGUAUUAUAACUUAUAAUUUAUAAGUAUUGAAAAUAAUGUCAGAGAAAACAAUGCCUUCAUAUACUAUACGGACAAUGCAAUUGUCGGACAGCGAAGAAGUACGAGAGUUAUGGUCAGCGCUUGAGUGGGAUAUCUAUAAAUACUCCAAUGAAAUGAUGCUUAUAAAUGACCCAAACGGGGUAUUUGUCGCUCAGGAAAAUGCAACAGGCAAAUUGCUGGGAGUGUGCGGUUGUGUUAAUCUAUCGCCAGAGCUAUCAUUUGUAUGCAUGUAUGCCGUGAGAGAGGAUUGUCAGGGAUUAGGCAUUGGAACAGCUCUUUGGGCGAAAGGCAUUGAACAUAUGGGCGAUAGAAAUGCCUCACUCUUUGCGGCGAAUGUAAAAAUGCAAGAGAUUUACAAAAAUCAUCACAAUUUCAAAGCUAUUCCGCAAAGAAAACGACUCCUUAUGAAAGGCAAACCUGUGGUCAACGCUUUGACGGCUAGUAUUUCGGGCAUAUGUUUGGUUGACAUGAAUGAUAAGAAUAUCGCGGAUGUGAUUGAAUACGACAAACAGGUCUGCGAUGGAGUCGACAGGAGUGCAGCGCUUCGGGCACUCAACGGGACGUUUGAUAAUAUAAAUUCUGUGGCCAUUAAUGAUAACAAUCAAGUGAUGGGCUAUUGUGUCGUAUCGGAAACUGUUUCUGUUAUUGUCCGGGGUUGGGGUCCGAUGGGCGCGGGUAUGUUAGACCAGUCGCAAACCGGCACUUUAUGA